UCGGCCAGCUUCGUGUGCUGCCCAGGAUGGAGACAACAAGGCGAGGAGUGUUUGAUCGGUAAGAACGAGCCUCCCUUUGUCCUUCCGCACCGCUCAUCCCUUUUCUAAGUAGCCCAGAGAUUCCCAGAAAUAGUCAGAGGCCAGUAGCAUCCAUGUCAACAGGGCACAGGAUCCACUCCAGGUUUCAGACCACACCUUAUUCAUGAUGCUGAGCUUAUUUGGGGAGGGCUUCGAUGUUGGGCCACAGCUUUGGAGACCAGGGUUCAAAUCUCCCAUCAGUGACACUGUCUCAAGCUCCUUGAAAGUGCUUUGAAAAAAAUCAUCCUCUUUCAACUGACUUCAUAUUACAAAGCACACCGCUGGUGUAAAGGAACUAUGGGUCUCUAAUGUGUACAAUACAGACUUCCUAUCUGCAAGAACGGGACUGAUAAAAUCCACUUCCAAUAAUAUAUAUUCUUUCGAAGCAAGCUCUAGGUCCUCUGAUGCCGCUUUAUGGUAUUCUCAGACCAAGCCUCCUUCAUUCAAUAGAGUUCACUACUAUCCCUGGUUUAAUUUAUCCACCUCUGGCAAAAUAUAUAUAUAUAUAUAUACACACACACAAUGCCCAUGGCAGUGAGUUGUUAGAGCCAUCACCCCGCAAGAAACCCUUAUAAUAUUGAACCCAGGGCAUUUGAGCAAAGGAAGGAGCGCAGGACAGGAACACAACAGGAGAUGGCAGACAAUGGGCUGUUGAAGGAAGGCCAACUCAACGCCGCAGGCAUUCAGUAAACAUCCCGUUUUGGGAAACGUUGGCCCCCGUUUUAUUUGGCACCGGCGCCCUUUUUUGUGUGGCGAGCAUCCAUCCGCCGCGCAGAAGCCAAAAACUUCUCCGACCACUUUCAUAACUCUUUGGGUCACUUCUCAAGCCGCCGUCCGAGCACGGUCUGGCCGCACGGCGAUAAGGUUGUGAAUCUCAAAUUCCACUUUUCCGGCCAGUUCCAUUUUCCCCUCUGGAACUUGGCGUCCCGAGGUCCUGCUCGCGGAUCCCUUUGUAGUGUGCUUUGGACGCAGCGGGAGGAAGGAAAGCGGCCGGCUCGAGGAGGAGCAGCAGUGUUCUCGGGACUUGGAGUCCCCAGGCGCUGAUGGGAAACUUGGAGGAGCUAUUUUUAGCGGCUUCUUCACUCGGCUGCCAUUCCAACUUGGCGGAGGCCCGCUCCCUUUUCCUGUGGAGGGAUCGCAGUUGGCCUGGCCGGCUGGACUCAAACCGUGCUGAGCUCAGUGUUAUUCCAAUCCGCUGGCCAGACUUUUGGGUCUCAGGGGGUCAGACUUGUGGGGUUCCCUUCGGGGAAAGGAUCCCUGAGCGGCGUCCUCCCUUGAAAUUCAUACAAGGCAGAGUGGUGAAUCCAGGCCGGGCUUAUGUCCAAAGUUCAGAAGAGCCCACCAAAGUGUGCCAUGGCGAUGGCUCCUUUAAGGUUCAGACUAGUACCCAGAGCGGAGAUUCGAACCCUGCUCUCCAAAGUCCAACGCUCAAACACAACACCAUGUUAUCUGGCUGGUAAAAAGGCAGCGGGAUCCUGUAACCUUCGCCCAUUAUACAUUGUCAAAUGCUUUCUCUGCCUCUAAAAAUAUCAAAGCAAUCUGCUUUACAUGAUGGGCUGCAGAAUAUUCUAAGAUGUCCGCAGUGCUCCUAGUAUUGGCACUCAAAUGUCUCAUGGGUUAAAAAAAAUCUGCUUCUUCCACAUAUAUUAAAGUUUGUAGAACUUUUUUCAAUCUCUUUGUGAAGGAGACCAGGGUGAACUGGUGCAAUUAUUCUGUCUCAAUGUUAGCGUGUCCCUAUUUCGGACGGGAGGGUUUAGUUUUUUUCUCCUUUGUUCUGCCUGCAUAAAUGAGAGCUGAAUAACCAACUAAUACGUUAGAGUCCUCCACCGAAUGCCCGACUCUUACCCCAUGCGUCCACCUUUGCAUGUACUUACAUUGCUGUGUUUCUGCUGUUUCUCAAGGGUUCUCAACAGUAGGUUCUCCACAGAUAAGCAACAGGGUAAGUCCUCUGCUUCGCGCCUCCCGCAUGAUGGGUCUCAAAAGGGUUGCCUGGUCUCCACCUUCUUGAGGUGCCUCCUAACCUUCUUGUGCUCUCCUUUCGCCUAACCGGCUGUCUGCUAACCAUCUCUCCGUGCCUUUCUAGAUUUCUCUCAGGUGUCCUUCUCGGGGCUUUCUGGGACCUUCUACCUCCUUCCUCACCACCUCCAUGUUGGGGACUGUGCUCACGGAUGUCUGUAUGGUGGUGGGUCUCAAGGAAACAAAAGGGAUUUCUGUUUCUCUGGUGCCAUCCUGGUUCUGGAUUGGCUCAUCUUGCUCGGAAGCAAGGACUCUGAACUUGCCAAAGGAUGCUUCUCGGGGCAUCGCUUUCCCUUUGGGUCCUCUCCUUGUGGCCUUCUUCUCUUACCCACAUUCAGUUUGGAAGAUGCCAACUAGCCGCCCGUGGUUGCCUCAAGUUCUCAUGGCGAAAGCUUGAUGCUCCGUGUGCGAGGGGAACUUCACUUGCACGGACAACGAGGUGUGCGUGAGGCCCAACGAGUGCCGCUGCCGCCAUGGGUACUUUGGUGCCAACUGUGAAACCAAGUGCCCCCGCCAGUUCUGGGGCCCGGAUUGCAAGGAGAUGUGCCGCUGCCACCCCAACGGGCAGUGCGAGGACGUGACGGGCCAGUGCACCUGCAACGCCAACCGCUGGGGGCCCAAGUGCGAGAACGCCUGCUUGUGCAAGCACGGCAAGUGUGACCAGAAGACGGGGAAGUGCACCUGCGAGCCCAACUGGUGGGGGCCCCAGUGCGCCAGCGCCUGCUACUGCAGCCUCAACUCCCAGUGCGACCAGCUGACCGGCACCUGUAACUGCCAGCCUGGCUGGUGGGGCCGAAGCUGCAACAACCAAUGCGCCUGCAAUAACUCCCCCUGCGAGCAGUUCACGGGGCGAUGCCAGUGUCGCGGGCGCACCUUUGGGCCCCGCUGUGACCGCUACUGCCAGUGCCACAUGGGCAAGUGCAACCAAGUGGACGGGACAUGCACCUGCGACCCAGGCUACCGGGGAAAGUUCUGCCGCGAGCCAUGCCCGGCUGGCUUCUAUGGGCAAGGCUGCAGGAGGAGGUGCGGGCAGUGCAAGGAGCUGCAGCCCUGCACCAUUGUGGACGGCCGCUGCCUGGCAUGCGAGGCAGGCUGGAACGGCACCAAGUGCGACCAGAUCUGUUCCCCGGGCUUCUAUGGCGAAGGCUGCGACCAGAUCUGUCCCCCUUGUAAGGACGGCCAUACUUGCAACCAUGUCAACGGCAAGUGUCCGCACUGCAAUCCUGGCUGGAUCGGAGACAGGUGCGAGACCAAAUGCAGCAACGGGACCUAUGGGGACAGCUGCUCCUUUUUCUGCGGCGAGUGCUACAACGGCGAGUGCCACUUUGAGACCGGGCGUUGCCUCUGCCGAGCGGGAUACCGUGGCAUUUCCUGUAACCUGACGUGCCAAACAGGCCAGUAUGGCAUCAAUUGCGCUGAACUGUGCAACUGCCACGAGGAUUCGUGCGACCCCUUGACCGGAACCUGCCACAUGGAGGCCAACCAGCGGAUGGGCGUCAUUGGCGCCGGAGCCCUCUUGAUCUUGCUGCUCACCCUCCUCCUCUCGCUUCUGUGCUGCUGUUGCGUUUGCCGCAAGAAGGACCAGGCCCGGGACACCAUCCAGGACCCCACCCUCAAGAAGUCCCCGAGGCGGCUCUGCGGCAGGUUCAGCCGAAUCAGUAUGAAGCUUCCCCGGAUCCCUCUCCGCCGUCAGAAACUGCCCAAAGUUGUAGUGGCUCACCAUGACCUGGAGAACACCAUGAACUGCAGCUUCAUCGAACCCCCCUCCGUGGUGGAGCAGCCGUCCCCGUCGUGGUCUUCCCGGGGCUCCUUCUCAUCCUUUGACACUACGGAUGAAGGUCCUGUUUACUGCGUGCCGCACGAAGAAAGCGUGAAUGACAGCAAAGAUCGGGUUUCGGCUCCUUGUGGCGAGAAGACAGCCCCGGCCAUCAGCGAGGACGAAGCUGGGGAGUACACCGUCUUGAAAGAGAGCAGCUCCAUCCAGGCCGACAGCAGCGAGACUCCCCUGCUCAAGUCUUCUGACAGUGAGCGCUCCUCGUGCGGGUCCGGAUCGGCCAGCGGGGCUCUGUACGCCCGGAUUGCCCGCCUCUCCAAACAGUCCCGGGAGGAGGACGAGAAUGCCGUGGACAGUAAGGCCGCUAAGCCCCCAUCACCAGAAAGGGCCAAACCCCCGCCGCCAGACCCCUCGACCAAGCCCAAAGUCUCCUGGAUCCACAGCAAGUACAACUCCAACCAGUCCAACUCCCUGCCAUCCAUUGGCCUGACGGAUCUGUCAGAGCACAAACAGGGGCUGGCCAAGCGGAAGAGGAGCCCCAGCGAGGCCUCGGCCGGGUUGCACAGCAAAUCCGAUGAUAAGGCGACCACGCGGGGCAAGGAGAAGGCCCCGAAGCACCCAAAGGAGCUCAGCUCUGAGGGGAAGAGCCAGUCGACCUCCGGGGACCAGCCCUCGCUGUCCAAACCCAAGCAGCGACACAAGACUAGCCAGGACCAACUGGAGAACCUCAACGGGGCCGUCCAGAACGUUAUCAAGAAGAUGGGGAGUUAUCUCCCAGCCGACCGGAAAGGAGGCGAAGCCCCCAAGAGCCCCGGUCAUAGCAAGUCCCGCUCCGAAGUCAUCCACCCACACUUGUCCUCAGAGGCAGCCACCUUGUUGGCCGCCCAGUUGAAGGAAAAGACUCAGAGCCUCAACCGAGGGGACGGUGGGAACCGGCAGAAUGGGGUGAGCCCCUUGCCGGCCCAGCGGGAGAAGCCCACUCCUCCACAGAAGGCCAAGCGCUCCGUGGCCACCGCCGGCCAGAAGUCCAGCAAGCCGGUCCUGCCGACCUCCCCCAACCUGCAGAAACUGAUCAGCCCCAUUGCCGAGGGGACCCCGGCCGGUGACCCCAAGCGGGUGGAGAAGCAGAGCUCUGGCGCUGGUAGCCAAGACCCGGCCCCUGUGGCAAGCGACCAAGUGGUCAAGAGGACCCCCAUCAAAAAGCCGCCCAGGAAGAAGAGCCGGGAGGCGGCUGCCGAACAGCCAAAAGCUUCCGCGACCCCCCCUCAGACUGUGCAAUGAAAGCCCCAAAAGCCUUGCAAAGAGAACCGGGGCUGUGGAAAUGGGACCAGAUUCUGGAGUGUGCCUCCCAUCCAUGGGAGGUUGGACCAAAAGAGACCCAAAGCACUUCUGAUUCCAUUCCUCUUUUGUUGGGGGGUGGGGGUGGUGGACCAAGCGCUGGCGCCUGGGGUUCCAAACCGGAGGGAGUGGGGUGGGCGAGAGGGGGAUCGGGGCCUUCUUUGUACCAGUAUUAUAAUUGCAUAUGCCGUGCUUUUCUCCCUAGCGACGUCCGAGUCGAUAUAUUCCGCAGGAUGGAGCCACGGGCUUUCUGUCACCUCGUUGGGGCCGGGGACGAGGAGCAGGGCCUCCAGGAGUCAAGGAAGCGGGGAACGUGACCUUGCUUUUGGAGGUCUGCGGCCCCCAGAGCCUGGAGGGGUCACUACCCCAGGCCUUGUGUUGGGACUCAUUUCCAGCUGGACAUGGUGACACCAGAACUUCACCCAUUGCUGGAAAUGGGAGAACCACCUUCCCUCAGGCUGGGCAUGGCAGGGCGACCCCUUGGCAUCCAUGGCUUGGCAACCCUGAGCCCCGGGUGCCCCAGCCGCGACAAGGACAGUAUGGUACGCAAGUCUAGCAUCUCCAUGGAAAGCUUCCUCAAUUAAAACGAAAUGUAUUUCAA